GACUAACGUCAACGAACGACCCCUCGUCCUCGUCUUCCACCUUCCUUCUCCCCCAUGCACAGAGUCGCCCUCAGAAACUCUUUGCGCGCAGCCGCGCUGGCCGCUCCCCGGGUGCCUGCAUCUGAGGUGUCUUCAAUUCUCGAGUCCCGCAUAGCUGGCUCUUCUGUGGGCGCGAACGUCGAGGAGACAGGCCGCGUGCUGAGCGUCGGUGACGGUAUUGCACGUGUAUGGGGUCUGAGAAAUGUCCAGGCCGAGGAGAUGGUGGAAUUCAGCUCUGGCGUCCGCGGCAUGUGCUUGAACUUGGAAGCUGACAACGUCGGUGUGUCCAUCUUCGGUAACGAUCGUCUCAUCAAGGAGGGCGACACCGUCAAGCGUACCGGCCAAAUUGUCGACGUUCCCGUCGGCCCCGAGAUCCUUGGCCGUGUCGUUGACGCACUCGGCAACCCCAUUGACGGCAAGGGUCCCAUCAACACGUCCGAACGUCGCCGUGCUUCGCUCAAGGCCCCUGGUAUCCUGCCCCGUCGCUCGGUCAACCAGCCUAUGAUGACUGGUAUUAAGCCUAUCGACGCCAUGGUUCCCAUCGGCCGUGGCCAGCGUGAGCUGAUCAUCGGUGACCGUCAGACUGGCAAGACGGCUGUGGCCAUUGACACCAUCCUCAACCAGAAGAGGUGGAAUGAUGGCCAGGACGAGGAGAAGAAACUCUACUGUGUCUACGUUGCUAUCGGCCAGAAGCGUUCCACCGUCGCCCAGCUCGUCAAGACUCUUGAGGAGAACGAUGCCAUGAAGUACACUAUCAUCGUUGCUGCCACUGCGUCGGAGGCUGCUCCUCUCCAGUACCUCGCUCCCUUCUCGGGUUGUGCUAUGGGUGAAUGGUUCCGUGACAAUGGCAAGCACGCUCUAAUCAUCUACGACGACUUGUCUAAGCAGGCCGUCGCCUAUCGUCAGAUGUCGCUGCUGCUCCGUCGUCCCCCCGGUCGUGAGGCUUACCCCGGUGAUGUCUUCUACCUUCACUCUCGUCUCCUCGAGCGUGCGGCGAAGAUGAGCGAGAAAUUCGGCGGCGGUUCCCUCACUGCUCUCCCCAUCAUUGAGACCCAGGGUGGUGAUGUGUCCGCGUACAUUCCCACGAACGCUGAGCUGUUCUUCCGUGGUGUCCGUCCCGCCAUCAACGUCGGUCUGUCCGUGUCCCGUGUCGGUUCGGCCGCACAGACCAAGGUCAUGAAGAAGUUCGCGGGUUCGCUCAAGCUCUACCUUGCGCAGUACCGUGAAGUCGCUGCCUUCGCUCAGUUCGGUUCCGAUCUUGAUGCGUCGACUCGCUUCCUGCUCUCUCGUGGUGCUCGUUUGACUGAGCUGCUCAAGCAAGGGCAGUACCAGCCAUUGUCGAUGGAGAUCCAGGUCCCCAUCAUCUACGCCGGUGUCAACGGUCUUCUCGACGCUGUCCCCGUCGACAAGAUUACGAAGUGGGAGGCUGAGUUCCGCCAGCACCUGACGUCGGCACAGAGCGCGCUCCUGCAAGAGAUCGCCGGCGGCCAGAUCACGCCCGAGCUCGAGUCGAAGAUCAAGAAGGUCGUCGAGGACCACGUUUCGUCGUUCACGUCGUAGAGGACCCUCGGUAGUGGCAGUAGAAUGCGAUGAUCCAGCAACAAAAUUCUAGUUUUAUCUUAUCCGUACCUGCGUCUUUCAGUGUUGCAAUGAGAUAGGACGAUGCUAUACUCGUCUAAUUGUGCUCGAA